GACAUGGCGCAGACUGAAAGGGUGCAGGGAUUUUCGGGAGCGCAAACAUUGUAAAAUUCAAAUUAAAGGAAUAAGGGACGUUUUACAAGAGCAGUACGGCUCCAUCUUUUAUUGUUUAAGCGCCAGCCCGAGUUUUGGGUUGAUAUCGAAGAUUUAAAGAUGAUGUCUGAUGCCAGCGAUAUGUUGGCAGCUGCCUUGGAGCAAAUGGAUGGCAUCAUAGCAGGCUCAAAGUCAAUCGACUACUCAAAUGGAAUCUUUGACUGCCAGUCUCCAACCUCACCGUUCAUUGGAGGCCUGCGGGCACUGCACCUAAUCGAGGAUCUGCGGGGGGUUCUGGAGCUCAUGGACACGGAGGAAAGAGAGGGACUGCGCUGCCAGAUACCCGACUCUACUGCACACAGCCUGGUAGAGUGGCUGCAGGGCCACCUGUCAAAUGGGCACAACGGGCACAUUUCUCUGACUGGUGACAUUUACCAGGACAGACUUAAUCGUCUUGAAAGUGACAAGGAAUCUCUUGUUCUACAGGUGAGCGUCUUGACAGACCAAGUCGAGGUUCAAGGAGAAAAGAUAAGAGACCUAGACUUGUGCCUUGAGGAACACCGUGACAAAUUAAAUACCACUGAGGAAAUGUUACAGCAGGAGCUGAUCUGCAGGUCGGCUCUUGAGACACAAAAACUGGAGCUGAUGUCUGAGAUUUCUAAUCUAAGGCUAAAGCUGAAUGCCUUUGAAAAAGAGAGAAAAGACUUUGAUAACAGAUUCAGCGAUAGUGAGGGUUUGAUCUUGGAAAUUAACGAGCUAAGGUACCGCAUUUCUGAGAUGGAAACUGAACGGCUGCAGUAUGAGAAGAAAUUAAAAUCCACUAAGUCGCUUAUGGCAAAGCUAUCUAGCCUGAAAAUCGAAACCAGCCAGUUGCAGUAUGAAAAACAAAGGAAGGACCACAAAAUCGAGGCACUCAAGGAAGAGCUGGCUGCAUUAGGAAGGCAGCUGGAUGGUAAAGAUGGAGAACUAAGGAGGUUACAAGAUGAAACAGGGUCUAGAUCACCAACACCUGCAGGCUUGGAAUCUACUGAGAGAGUUUUCAGUGCAGAAGAAACUUUUAAACAGAAGCUGAAAGAGAAACAUUUGGAAGUGCAGAGAAUGAAGAAAGCAGUCGAGUCACUAAUGGCAGCCAAUGAGGAAAAGGAUCGCAAGAUUGAGGAGCUUCGACAGUCACUAAUGCACUACAAGAAGGUGCAGGACAUGGUCAUGUUGGUGCAGGGAAUAAAAGCAAAAGACGGAGAAAGUGACGAGAGCCACAGUGACAGCUCCCUGUCCAUGUCUACUGCAUUGUCGCUUUCGAUGGAUACAGAGAAGUCUCUUCUUGCUUGUGUUAAGGAAGCACAGAAUCAGGAUGAGCCAACGACAUUUGUCAGUAUGCUGCAUGUGCCCUUGCUCUCACCAUCAACACAAGUCAAGCUAGAGACUGAUGUAGAUCUGGAUCAAGUGCCUUCCCAGAGUGAUUCAGGGCAUCAGGAGCAAAACCAGGCACAGGAGCCUUUGAUCGAUACCGAUCUGGAAAGUGUGGAGGUCCCCAAGUCUGGCAGCCAGAGUAAACUGGAUGGCAGCCCUAGUGAAAUGAGAACUUUAGCAGUUGUGCAGAGUCCAGCAGAAAGUCGUGCUUUUGAUGAAUUCAACAAAAUUACAACCUUACCACCCAAGGUCCCCACUGCCAGUUCUCGUACCACAGAGGAUGAACCUUUUGGGACAAGGAAAGCUAGAUCCUCCUUUGGAAGAGGCUUUUUCAAGCUCAAAAGCAACAAAAGAACAGCCAGUGCUCCAAAUCUUGCUGAGACUGAGCGAGACGGAACCGAUCACCUGGAUCUUGCGGGGAUGCCACAAAAGUCAGCUAACAGUGACAGCUCAAACACGUUGUCCACCUGCCUCGAGGGAAAGAAGAAGUCAAAAGGAAUUAAAGCAUUCUUAGGGAAGCUUACAAGAAGUCAGUCCACCACAUUCAGCUUAGAUGACAGCCUUUCAGAAAAUGAGUUUAAACGAGGAGGAGUCCGAGCCACAGCUGGGCCCAGGCUGGGCUGGUCACGGGAUCUGCACAACACCAACAGUGAGGUGGAUGCUCCGUUUGCACGGUGGUCCAGGGAGCAGGUAUGUGAUUGGAUGCAGGAGCAGGGACUGGGUUUGUAUGCAAACCUAGCCAGACAGUGGAUUUCUUCAGGACAGACUCUGCUACAGGCAUCUACACAUGAUCUGGAAAAGGAGCUGGGGAUCAAGCACCCUCUCCACAGAAAGAAACUUCAACUGGCCCUACAAGCACUGGGCUCUGAGGAGGAUGAUAACAAAGGGAAACUUGACUACCACUGGGUAACAAGGUGGCUUGAUGACAUCGGGCUUCCUCAGUACAAAACUCAGUUCGAUGAAGCCAGAGUGGACGGCAGAAUGCUUCACUACAUGACUGUGGAUGAUCUGUUGUCUUUGAAAGUGGGCAGUGUGCUCCAUCACCUCAGCAUUAAAAGAGCGAUUCAAGUGCUUCGCCUCAACAACUACGAGCCUAACUGCCUGCGACGCAGACCAUCAGAUGAGAACAACAUCAGCCCGGCUGAGAUUUCUCAGUGGACCAAUCACCGUGUGAUGGAGUGGCUGCGUUCUGUAGAUCUGGCAGAAUACGCACCAAAUCUGAGGGGUAGCGGAGUCCAUGGAGGACUGAUGGUUCUCGAGCCCCGCUUUAACACUGAGACCAUGGCUCUGCUCCUUAACAUUCCUCCCAAUAAAACCCUGCUCCGGAGGCACCUGGCUACUCAUUUUAACCUGUUAGUGGGUUCUGAAGCUCAGCAGCUGAAGCAAGAGUGGAUGGAGAAUCCUGACUACAUCUUACUUACUGCAACCGCAAAGGUCAAGCCACGAAAGUCAUUUGGAAACUUUGGGACCCUGAGGAAGAAGAAGCAGGAGGAUAGUGAAGAGUAUGUGUGCCCCAUGGAUGUGGAGAUGCCCAAAGGACGCAGCUUUCAGAAGGGCUACAGAGGCAUGGAUUUACACAUCUACGAGGACGAGCUAGAUCGGUUGGAUCAGUUGGAGGACUCUGAAGGCACCGUGCGACAGAUCGGUGCUUUUUCAGAGGGCAUCAACAACUUAACGAGCAUGCUGAAAGAGGACGAGUUUUUUAAGGAGAUGUCUACGUCGUCCCCUAACCCCAGCACGACUGAUGACGACUCAACCGUUUGAGCUGUGGCUGUGAUUGGAAUUGACUGUGCCAAUCCUUCACACCCCUCUCUUUGUCUUUUUCUUUCCCUCUUUCUGUGCCAUCCAUGCGGAAACUAAUUUGUUGAACCAGAAUGCAGUAUUUAGCUUACUGCAGUGUUUAGCAGAGAAGGUGUCAUUCAUAGUUAAGCUACUGUGUAGAGGUGUUAAAUAUGUCCCCUGGGUGCAGAUGUAAAACGUUACUGAACAUGUCUCAAUUAAAAAUAUAUGGUUACACAUGACGUGUUUACAUUUAAAUAACUUUAAAUGGUAAUCCUACUGUUGGUCUCCCAGCUGGUCACUGGACAUUUUUUGUACACUCCUGUCUGUUCAUCCUUCUUUACUUAAAAAGUUGAAAAUAAAAGUUUAGGUGCCACAUUUUAAAGCAUGAAUGAAAAAAAAAAAAAACCAAUAGAGAUUGCCAAAUUCAGCAGGGACUUUAAUGACUGCCUAUUUUUUAUCGGCAUGCUAUUGAUAAAAAGUAACAUUUGACUGAAAAAGCAGCAUAUUCUCAUAGGUGCAUGGGUUUAUAUGCAAUAUAUUUAAUACAAUAAACAGUUAGUGCCAUGUGUUUGAUGGCCUAUUUGUAAAAAAGUGUUAUUGCAUGUUAUUUAAGCUUUUCUAAGUUUCCAAAAUAUGGUGGAUCAUUUAAAAUAUAAAAAUACAUUUAUUACUUAUUAAAGCAGUGUUUUGUGCAGCCAUAAUCAUUUCAAAAAUGUGUUGUUUAUCAAUUUUGAACUCUUUCAAAAGGUCAAUAAACUGUU